AUGCCUGCCCAUCCUUUCCUAUUGGUUGCUAUGGUGAGAGAUGACGGAGCCCCAGAUGGGUAUAAUACAAGGCAGCGUGCUGGGAAGGGAUUCAGCAGAGGCAGGAGGGAGGCGAGCAGUGGGAAGAGGGGAAGGCACUGCCUGCCUGUGGCCACACUGCUCUCCAGCACGGACGGGCCACCACGGACCUGCCGGGGAAGGGGCACGAUGAACAUCGAAGUGCACAACAUCACCUACACCAGUGCCACCAUCUCCUGGGCCAUGAACAACCCCUGUCCAGAGAACUACUAUCACGUCAUGUACCGCCCCAACUGGAACAGUGUCUUUGCUGGCUAUUUACGCCAAAACUUCCACCGUGAGGAGCGAGUUCCUCAUCCCCUCAGCUCCCUCGUCCUUCAUCAACUCACACCAUCCACCAUCUAUGUCCUCUGCAUCACUUGCAAAAACUCCUACCCCUCCAGUAAUCACUGCACCACCUUCCACACUCUGGACAAAACCCCCCUGGUUUUUGGAGGCUCUAAGCAUGAACCUACCACCUCCAUGUGGAUGGUGAGCAGCUUGCUGCUCCUCUGCUUCGUUGCUCUCCUGGCUUACGGCUGCCUGCAGUUCUGGUCUGCACGGUGCCACCGGGCUGCAAGGCUGAAGCAUCCUGAUGCCAGCCACGAAGACGUGGGAGAAGGGAGCAGCUCACCAGAGGGGCCGCUAAAUGAUGGACUGAGAGAGGAGCUUCUGGAAGUCCCCAUGACUACUGUGCUAAUGAGGAGCUCCAGUUUCAUGAGGGAGAGUCCGUAUAGUUCCCCUCACUGCUUUUUUUCCUAUAAAACCAGCGAUGACAAAAGGGCCAUCUUGCCACAGCAUGGCCUUCAAUGAGAGCAAAAUAAAGGGAGACCCUGCUUAGAGAUCAUGCUACUGUUUCCCAGCUCUUUCCAACAGGACUGUCUGUGCAUCCAUGAGAGCUGUUUGUCCCAGGGUAGAACAUGAGGCAGGGACGGACACUGGUCGCAGGCAGAAAGAUUUUUGUCGAGUGACAAAAAUAUUCUCAUUUGCUGAGGGUUCUUUUUUAAAAAGAAACCAAGUCAGCUCUCUGGGAAUAGCCAGGGUGUACUCUCACUAGAUGAUCUGCAUCAGUGCUGUAGGUUCACUUCAGAGUCAUCAAUCGAUGUGUACAAGAAAUAAACUCCACUCAAGCAGUUUCACACUUGAGUGAUCCUCCAUGCGCAUCACCCCCCACAGCCCUCAUAACACCUGUAUAAAAAGUCAUCACAGCCUGACAAGAGCUUUUUGUCACUAUUAAGUAGUCCUUAUUUGCACACACAAGUAUUUUAGUAAUUCUCAUUUAUGUUUUUGAACUACAAAUGGGAUUCUGGAAGUGGAACCUUCCUCAGGGAGAAGCACUGCUCUGGAGCUCCAACUUGCUCUCCUCUCUAAGCAUUUGGAUGGAUGUGACUUGGGCUCAGUGCCAAGAGCAAGCACAGAGUGGUAUCAGCAUUCCAUAACAUAGCCAUGUUAUAGAGAAGAAUGUGGGAAAGCAACAGCAAAAGCACACUGAAUCUGCUUCUUGCAUGGCUUUUUGAUUUCAGGCAGCAAUGUGACCCUGUACAUUUGCACCCAUCAUUCUGUUAAUGAGCUAGUUCUUGCAUUUUGUUCUUCCUAA